CUUAUUCCUUUCUUUGGGAGGGCUUGAUGAUUACGUAAGUGAUGGAGAACUGAAAAAUGACCUUUGAGACAGUGCUAUCUGACCUACUUCUAGCACGCCAGCUACAGAUAAUGGUUUUACACAGGAAAGAAUUUCAAACCCCACCACAAAAUAGCUAUAAGACAGGGUAAAGCGAGAUGUUGUCCUUCAUUUCCUGGUUUGUACCAAGUUUACCCACUUGGCUAAUACCUGAUACAAAUCCUCUAGACUGUAUUUUACAAGGAGUUGUAGGCGCAUGUGGGAUCUCAGUGCUUACCAACCUUUUAAGGGUCCAUUUAUUCGUUGAAGCACAGAGUACAGCAGACAGCAAAGAUGACAUAAAAAACAAGCGCAUUCAUAUUGGUGGUCUAACAGACAGAAUCCAGUUCUGGAUCCUGACAGUGACUCUCGCCUUUGUGGGUUCUAGAGUUGCAUCACUAGUGGUUCUCGAGUUCUCUCUUCGAGCAAUUUCAUCACGCUUCACAGCCUCAUCAGAUCCACUGAGUGACACUUUGUUACAGCUGCUGGUCCAGUGCCAGUUCUCUUUGGGCUGUGCAUUAAACUGCAGUCUUUAUUUUCUCCAUGAGGGGGCACCACAAGCUUGGCUAAGUUUCCUCCUCGCUGCAGCACUGAGUUGGUUUUUGGCCAGACAGUGUUCCAGAUUAUGGCACCACGUAAAGACAAUGUACCCAAUGCAUAGCACCCAGCGGUACUGUGGGGUCUGUAUUGGCCUCCUGACUUCUGGCACAUCUAUACUGCCUUUUCUUUGCAGUGCCUUGAUUCUAACAUUUUGUGUGGCUGGAUUUGCUGCUAUAUCAAGCAUCAACCAGCACUUUCUGUCAACUACUGAGGCCUUGAGGUUCUGGACACCACUCACAAUCUGCUACACUCUUCUCAUCGUCUAUAUGCAUGAGGAGCAGCAUCGGCAGUCUAGCGGACAGGCUCUUCUGAACACAGUGAUGGUGCGCCUGGGCGGCCUACUAUUAUUAAUGCUUACUGUAGGAAGGUGGGCAGAUGUGCUCCACAUCCUAUUGUGCUUCAUUGGGGAAGCUGCCUGUCUGCUACCAGCUCAGGACCUACUGAACACCACCUCCAAGGAUGUUGCAGAUGUUCCCAGACGUUUUGUGAUGAAAAAUGAAGACCAGAGAAGACCAAGGAAAUCAGACAAAUAUGACUGAGGCAUAAAUGACUGAGGGGAAGACAAAAAGACAGACUGCCAGAAGAGAUUAGACCAGAGGAGAGAAUGAUUUUCCAGAAAACAAGAUUUUCCAGUCCAGUCAGCCAGUCCACACUCAAAGCUGCUAAAUGUAAUAGCAGCAGGUCAACAGAACAUCUUUUAUGCUUUGUAAAAAAUGUAGGCCUACGCAGGCCUGUGUAUGUAUUUGACAGAUUAACUGCUUUGUUGGCACGUCAAUACAUUAGAUUUGAAUUUAAAAAGGAUAAACCACUUGAUAUUUAUUUGAGAAACUGCAAACCAAUUAAAUAUGCAGAUCUGAUGAAACCAUCAUUAUGUUUUAAAGAAAUGAAAACACAUUCAGUUUAGGCCUUUUGUAGAAGUGUUUCAUGACAUUAAAUAUUUUUAUGAAUGUUUUCAUAUUACAACGUGGCAAACAAUUUGAUAUUUCAAAACCUUUAUUUAAAUAGGUGAAGACAAAUUUCACAUAUAUGAGUCACACUGAGCUAAAGCUAAUUAAUACCGGCAAAGGCAAGGGCCAAGCAAUUCAUAUGUUCCCUUUCUAAAGUACAUUAGCAAAAUCAAAAUGUAAUUUGUUUCUAGUCUAAUUUUUAUGUAACUUCAUGGACAAAUAUGGUGGGAAAAAUGAGAGACUCAUUUAACAAGCUAAAAUUAGAAGCGAGGGGAAGCAAAAUGCCAACAAAUUUGAUUUUCAGUCUUGACUUUUUCCUUGAAAGGCAAAAUCCCACAGAGGGAUUAAACCUAAUAAACCUAACAGUGUGGGUUCACUGCACUGUGAGUCAUCGACCAGGACUUAUCACAGGAAACAGAAGUAAUUGUGCGUCUCCAACUGCAAAUAGCCAAAGAUGUAACCGAUUAGUAUUAAAACAUCCUUAUCUUUUCACCCUAAUGCUAUACACAUAGCAAGAUAAUAUUUUUGUAAACACAAAAUGGCCGCUGCGUGUCUGAAGCUAAUUGUUCUCUUGUCGUGAACGGCGCGCGAGACCACGUUCAAAAUGGCGUCAUAUUUCAGAUUACUGGGAUUGUUCAAUUUUCUCGGACAAUAAAUCACUCUAAUGGCGCGCAGACUACACUGAAACAAACUGCAACACUGUAGAAACAGCAUCUGCCUCUACAUACGCCCUUCGCUCCAAUCUGCACUGAUUUAGGCAUUAAAAAAAAAGAAAAGACAGGGAACAAUGGAGGACCAAUGUUUUACAUUCAAGUCCACUUUAGAAUAGGACAUGUAAGAUGUUAUUGAGCUACAGAUUUUAAUGCCAUUCCGACACUCUUCCAACUUUUGGCAUUCAUAAAUCUAACCCAUGAAUAAAACAUUUUUCAAUCCGCAGUUAUUCCGACUGUAGGGGAGUGUUAUCAGCAAUGCAAUCCAGACCAAGUUUUAUUGUUGUUGGAUUAUUUGUCCUCUACUUCACAGAACAGCAGUAGACAAAUUUGUAUUUCCAAAGUAGACCAAAAAGAUGUUUUCCAAUCCCAAGAGCACCGUGUUCAAUAAAGUAGCCUACUGCUUUAUUUCUCUUCCUUCGAGGACUUUUGUAGAUCCACAUAAUCCUCAAUAUAGUCCUGUAGUUCUUUGUAGCUUGUGUAGCUAUUGUGUUUAUGGCUUGCUUUCUCUAACGAACGACGCAAUUUCACAUCCCGCACUUGUUUUCCAGAAAUUUCCGCCACUCUGCACUGCAGAAUAGUAAUUGCUCUUUGUCAAGUCCCGUUGUGGGCGUGCUCUGCGCAUGCGCAAUUUAUCCACUGCAGUCUUUGGAUUUGCCGCAUUUUGACGCAUGCGUGUUUCGGCUCAUUGCUUUUCAGGGUUGUCAAAUUCAGUCAUGUUGCUUAGUUCAACAGCAUGUGGUAUAAAUCGGUCACAGUUUGUGUUACAUUAGCUGAAACUGGUGGCUAAAAUAUGCAAACCAAAUAAAAAAAUCCUGCAAAUUGUAAUACUGAAUACAAAAAUGUGUCUUUACGUCAGUAGUAACGUCGAUUUCAGGAAAACUAGGCUCUCAUUACAGACAGAACCACAUGGGAUUGCCUUCAUGCUUAUAACUGAACAUAUUUUAGAGUAAGCUGUCACCACUACAGGGGCAGACUGAUAAUAAAAAAGUGCUGCAUUGUGUCAGAUGUUAUAUUUACUAAGAACAGAUUGCCUCAGUGUGUGAUCUCUACCUUAUGUUUGAUUUCAGACAGAGAUUAUUUGACUAACUUGUUUUAGACAAAUGUUUGUACAGACAUUUCUGUGCGCAGUUUGAAAAUGUCAGCUAUAUUUUCUAGCCUCACUGUGCAGGUUGAGUUUAUGAGAAAGCAAUGGAUUUAUGUAGCCAUGAGGCAUAUUAUGCAUUAUCCCUUUGUUGUUUGUUGGAAUGUGAACACUGUUUCACAUCACAGAGGUUUUAUUUACUGUUGGCUGAUAUGCAAUUUGUCAUUAAAGACAAGCUGUUUUUAGA